AUGAGCUCAAACGACGAUCCAGCGAAUCUUUCGCCUCAAACUGGAACUAUCUCAUCACCUCACAUCAAUCCUAAUUAUCCAAAUUUGACAGAUCUGGAUGACAUCGAUGACGACGACGAAGGUAUUGAUGACGAUGGCUUCGAGUCCAUGGACGAUAUCCAACAAAUUCUUCAAACAUUUGGUACCAACGAUUCGUCUGCAUUAACAAUCGAUUAUUUCGAUUCUCGGCGUUACGAGAUCAUGUAUGAAAUCAUGAAUGUCGAAAAACAAUUUGAACAAUUGAAAAACAUUCUCUACGACGAAAGUUUAUCUCUAAUUGAUCAAAAACUUCAAUCAAUUCAAAAUGAAGAAGCACCAGAAUAUCAAGACGAGUUGAGGAAACUCAACGAUGACAUGCAAUUGCGCUUGGAAAUCGCGAAACAACGUCGUCAGAUCGAAUUGGAAUCAUUAGAAACAUAUUAUCAAGCUGAAUUAUUGAGUUUACAGCAAACAUUAGAAAAUGAUAAGUUUCUUUUACAUCAUCAAAUGCACGAAGAGAUUGAGAAGAAGAUUGAGGAAUUAGAAACAUUGAAAAGUAAAACACAGUUAUGUUCCAACAUUUUACAAGAGAUGUUUCCACAAAAUCAUCAACAAUUGAUAUCACCGAAUAAGAAACGGUUCGAAUCGCCAGAAUCUCUGAAAGAAAAUAAAAAGCAACGCAAAAUGAAUUUUUCGAAUGGAACGAACAAGAACAUCGAUAAAGAUAAUUUAGCGAUCUUUUAUCAAUUGUCCGAUAUGGACAUUAUCGAAGAUUGGGCAAUUAUACAAUCAUCAUUAAAUGGUAGUGAUGAUGAAGGUGGUGUUGGUGGUGAUGAUGAUGAUGAUGACGAUGACGAUGAAGAUGAAGAUGGUGAUGGUUCUAGUCAACUACAUGUCAAUUGUUAUAAGCAAGAACAAUUUGAUUAUGACGAAAAUCGUGUUUAA